AGACCAAGUAGUCGGGGCCCUGACAGACCAAGUAGUCGGGGCCCUGACAGACCAAGUGGUCGGGGCCCUGACUGACCAAGUGGUCGGGCCCCACUAUAGGAAGCGUGGCGCCGCUCACUUGUCCGGGUGUGGCGGGAAGAGUGCGGCAGUUCACAAGUGUUGGGGGCUGAGGACACUACGCCCAGGACCUCCACUCUACCCCAGGCCCCACACACACCCAGGGCGCUCCUCACCAUGGCCAUCACCAGGUCCAGGGCCCUCGUGGUUACAUUCGUGGAUAAUAAUGCAGUCGAGAAAAUUGUCAAUAUAGGCUGCAGAAAUACAGUCACACUGGUUCCCCUCUCACAACGUGGCCGUGGCAGAUCUUCUAAAGGCUCUUGGAUAUCCACUGGGGCCAAUGUAGAAUUACCAUUACUUCAAGAAAUGGAUGAGGAAGCCAGUGAUAUUAUUUCUAAGCCAACAGAAUUACUUGAAGAUGGAGAAGACCCUCUCAAAGGUAGCUCUGUGUUUGGAUUUCGUACUCCAAAGAAAAAAUGGGGCAUGCUGGAGAAGGCUGAAUCUGCUAAGAAAUGUGAAUCCCCAACAACGCCGAAAACCCCCAAACCAUCACUACGACAGUACCCGAACACUCCCAAAACUCCCAGAACUCCAAAGACACCAAGUUCAGGUGGCCUUAGAACCCCCAGGAUUAAAAGGUUAUCAGGAGUCAUUCAGGAUGUUAGAACACCAUACAGCUUUAGGAAGAAAGUAAAACAUCGUAUUAAAAAGAUUGUAUAUGAUGAGGAUAGUUCAUCUGAUGAGGAAAAUGAAGAAGAUAGUAACUAUUCUUUAAGUGAAUCGGACGAUGAAAGUAAGGAGAACUUUGAUCUCUCUGAAAAUUUGGUCAUGACCCCAAGGAAAACCCCCCGAAAACUUAAGAUGGUAUUAUCCGGUACCCCAGGAAAAACUCCCUCUAAAACCCCAGGAAAGCGUGGAAGACUUAAGAAAAUUAAAGAUGUGGAAAUGAUUGGUAAGUCAGAUGAUUAUUUCACAUCCAAUGGUGAUACAGGGAAAAUAGUUACCUCAGAUCACACCCUCAGUCGGCUAGAAACUCCUAGGCUGUCUUCAGAGGCCCUUCAGACAAUCCUUUCGAGUGUGGCUGCAUCUCAUAAAGAAGAAAGAGCGGCACUAAUUGAGGAACAUAGGAAUAUGUUUCCUCGAUGGAUGACAUUUUUGUGUGAAGGCUUCAGCAUAUUCCUUUAUGGUCUUGGAAGCAAGAAACAACUAAUUUCAAAGUUCCAGCAAGAAUAUUUACCUGAUUUUGACCACAUCGUUGUCAAUGGUUUCUUUCCAUCCCUCACUCUUAAAAAUAUUUUAAAUAACAUAACAGAAGAUAUUUUAGAUCACACGGGUAGUUUUCACAGUGUCCAAGAGCAGCUGGAAUUUAUUCAUGAAUUCUACACGAAAACAAGUGCAGAAUCCUUGUUCAUAAUUAUCCACAAUAUAGAUGGUCCAAUGCUUCGUGGAGAAAAAGCUCAAUCUGCUAUUGCGUACUUGGCUUCAAUUCCCAAUGUUCAUCUCCUGGCUUCCAUCGACCACAUCAAUGCUCCUCUCAUCUUCGACAGCAGCAAAAUGAGCCAGUACAAUGCUCUUUGGUGUGAUGCUACAACAUUGGCACCAUAUUCAGAGGAGACUUCUUAUGAAAAUUCAAUGCUUGUACAACAGUCAGGAUCUUUGGCACUGUCAUCAUUAAUUCAUGUCUUUAGAUCACUGACUCCAAAUGCCAAAGGAAUAUUCCUGCUGCUAGCUAAACAUCAGCUUGAUCAGAAGGAUAACUCCAGCUAUAUAGGUCUCUCCUUUAAUGACAUGUACCAACGCUGCCGGGAAACAUUUUUGGUUAAUUCUGAUCUAACUCUUCGUGCUCAACUAACUGAAUUCAGAGAUCACAAGCUUAUACGCUCCAAAAAGGGACUGGAUGGAGUUGAAAAUCUUCUCAUUCCACUAGAUGCAGCCACAUUAAAUGAUUUUAUAAGUCAACAAGAAUUGGAUAACCUUUCUUAAUUUAAUUAAAUUUUAAUUUAAAUUAUUAUGCUUAUGUUAUUGGCAUGGGUUUUGCUUGCAUUUUAUUAACUUUUUAUGUUAGAUUAACCACAUUUCUGAGUGGAGCCUUUUGUGGCUUCCUGAGGCUACUAUCACUGAUAGUGUACCAUCUACUAGGUCGCAUCGGCCGUGGAGUUCUAUUGGCCUACUGGCGACCAGCGCCAGAACCUGGCCCCCUUCACAGAGGCACAGAGAGCAGUGGCAUUUAUUUAUGUAUGCCAUCAUCUGAAAAGUAACCAGAAAGUCAGACACACAAAACAGACCAUUAUUGGAUUCGAUCAAGGCUGCAAGCUCAAGAAACAACUGUAGAACUCCCCCCAACUAUAUAAACAAAUGAUUGAAAUCUCUUGAAACUAAUGCAAGCUCUUUUGCCCCACCUCUCCCACUCUUGGGGGACAGCUCAUAGUCAGCCUCAGUCUC